AUGAAACGGUUUCAUCCUGUCAUCAGUGUGCAUCAUUUAAGGAGUUCUCCGUUUGCGUCAGUUACUCAAUCCAGCGAGGAGACCCCAGACGCUUUUGGUCUCACGUUCUCUGCCGACAUAAUUAAGGUGAACCGCCAAUUGAUUUUCACUCUCCGAGAAUGGGUCAGCUCUUACACGGUCACACUCCUUAUACAAAAUGUACAAAGGGAUACACUGCGAGAUACCAUCCUUAGAACGUGCCUACAAACCAGACCUAUCAACAGCCCACCCGCUGUCGUCAGAACGGACUCCGCUUCCGGAUUUAAAGCUCACACAAGCGAUAAGCUCCUACGCCACUAUAAUAUUUCCAUCGAAAUAGGCAGUUGCAAGAACCCUAGCAGCAACCAUGUGGUAGAGAAAGCUGUUCAGGACGUCGAGGAGGAGAUUCUCAAAAUGGAUUCAGCCGAAGGACAGGUCUCAUCAGCCUCCCUCGUAAUAGCCACAAAUAGACUAAAUGCCAGAAUUCGUUCAUGUGGACUCUCACCUAGGAAGAUUCUGUACCACCGUAACCAGUUCACAAGUGAAUGCAUCAGCUUUGAGGAUAUGGACUUGAUCAAGCUACAACACCACAAACGCCUCAGUAGUAGUGAACACUGUAGGGCCCCUAACCGCUCUCGGAGAGACUGCGUGGAUUUGAGGGUAGGUAACAUUGUUUAUCUCCACGGGGACUUUACGAAAAUUAGAAGUCGCGAACGUUACCUGGUGUCUGCUAUACAAGAUGUUUGGGCAAGUGUCAGGAAGUUUGCCGGUUCCCAAUUAAGGGCAGGCACACACAAAGUGUGCCAGGAACAGUGUUACAAAGUUCCCAGUCAGGACGACCAAAAGCUGGGAGUUACUCGUGACCAUUCAGGUGGCAUGAUGAAGACGAUGAUACAAUCUUGCCCAUUACCCCUAGUUGCCUAG